GGCAGCCUGAGCACAGUUGGCUCUGUCCUUGGAUGGCCCUCCUCCAGAGCAGCAGGCCGCCCUAGUGGUCACUCCUGGAAGCAGGGGAAGGAGGAGUUUGGAGCUUCUUCAGAGCCUCUCGGGCACCUUAGGACAGACUCAACUGGCUGCUGGGCGGCUAUCCCACCUGCACCAGGCCAGGCGGCGAGGGGGCCUGGGGGCGAGGGCGGACGGUCCGGUGCUCCUGCUAGUCGUUCUGGGCAGCAGGCCGGGCACUCACCAGCUCCCUGACCCCCAGGAAGCCCGCUCUGGGUGCCGGCAGCCCUGUCCAUGGCAUUCACCGAGCUCUUGGAGCAAGCUGGGGGCGUGGGCCUCUUCCAGGCCCUACAGGCCCUCACCCUCCUCCUCCUUUCUGUCUGGGUCCCCUUCCAAUUUCUUGUGGAGAACUUUUCGGCUGCAGUCCCAGGCCACCGCUGCUGGGCUCACGUGCUGGACAAUGGCUCUGGGGCCCCUGCAAACCUCACCCCCGAGGCCCUCUUGGCCGUCUCCAUCCCACUGGGCUCCAACCGUGAGCCCCACCAGUGCCUGCGCUUCCGCCAACCGCAGUGGCAGCUCCUGGACCCCAACGCCACGGCCACCAACUGGAGUGAGGCUGCCACAGAGCCGUGUGUGGACGGUUGGGUCUACAACCGCAGCACCUUCACAUCCACCAUCGUGACGGAGUGGGACCUGGUGUGUGACCACCAGAGCCUGAAGCCCCUAGGCCAGUCCAUCUACAUGGCCGGGACCAUGUUGGGGUCCAUCGCCUGGGGCCUCCUCUCCCACCGGCUUGGGCGGAAGCCAAUACUGAGCUGGUGCUGCCUUCAGGUGGCCGUGGCCAACAUCAGCACCAUCGCUGCCCCCAGUUUCCUUGUCUACUGUGGUCUCCGAUUUUUGAAUGCUUUGGGUUUGGCUGGCAUCAUCUUGACCUCAAUGACGCUCAUGGUGGAGUGGACCACGACCUGCAAGAGGGCCAUCACCAUGACAAUGCUGGGAUGCAGCUACAGCAUAGGCCAGACGGCCCUGGGCGGCAUGGCCUUUGCCCUGCGGGACUGGCGAGCCCUCCAGCUGGCCGUGUCUGUGCCCUUCUUUGUCAUCUUCCUGAUGUCCUGGUGGCUGCCAGAAUCUGCCCGAUGGCUGAUUAUCAUGGGCAAACCAGAUCAAGCCCUUCAGGAACUCAAAAAGGUGGCCAGAAUAAAUGGCCACAAGGAAGCCCAAAAGACACUGACCAUAGAGGUGCUGAUGUCCAGAAUGGAGGAGGAGCUGGCCUCCACCAAGGCCCGCCAGUCAGUGCUGGACCUGUUCCGAGUGCCCGCGCUCCGCUGGAGAAGCUGCAGCCUGCUGGUGGUGAACUUCUCCCUCUCCUUCUCCUACUACGGGCUGUUCCUCGACCUGCAGAACCUGGGGAGUGACAUCUUCCUCCUCCAGGUCCUCUUCGGAGCCGUGGACUUCCUGGCCCGGACCACCACCACCUUCCUGCUCAGGUUCUUCGGCCGCCGCACAACCCUGGCCGGCUUCCUGGCCAUGGCUGGCCUCGCCAUCCUGACCAACAUGCUUGUCCCACAAGAUUUGCAGACCCUGCGUGUGGUCUUCGCUGUGCUGGGAAAAGGAUGUUUUGGCAUAAGCUUAACCUGCCUCAUGGUCUACAAGCCGGAACUCUUCCCAACUUCACUGCGGAUGACAGCAGAAGGCUUCCUGCAUUCAGCAACUUGGCUGGGGUCUGUGAUGGGCCCCCUGAUCAGGAUGACCCGCCAGGUCCUGCCCCUGCUGCCCGCGAUUUCCUACGGUGUCCUCCCCACUGCUUCCAGCCUCAUUGUCCUCUUCCUCCCGGAGACCCGGGGACUUCCACUCCCGGACACCAUCCAGGACCUGGAGAGACAGAGAUCGGUGGCAGCCCCGGGCAGCCAGCAAGAGGAAGUCGUUGCAGAAAGCACCAGGUUCUAGAAAUUCUGCCUGCGGGAGUCCUUUUGGCCAACUGGUGUCUUCUGUGAUCAGAAGGUGGAAGCAAUCUGGGCCCAGCGGCCACUGUGGCUGCUCCACCACUCACUUCUGCUCUCCCUGCUCCGUGAGACCCUCCACCUGCCUCCACCCCCCACAGACAGCCAUGCCCCGCCGGGCUGCCCCCAAGGCCUCUCCCUUCCCUGCCAGACGCGGUCUUUGUACUCAGCCACCCUCUCCUCACUUCUCAGAACCUGGCACUUCGGGUGUCUCACCUCCCAGUUUCCAGAGUGAAUUGUGGGACAGAAAUGGCGGGUCCCAGACAGACCUGGUUCCAGUCUCUCCCCUGACUUUCACAGAGUCCUCCUCAGUACUCUGUGAAAUGGGACUCACCAUGCAAUCUACCUCCCCGAGUGGGUGACGGGUUAGCAGAUUGUAGCACAGAUCAGAGUCCAACCAAUAGGAGCUGCUACCAGAGCUGCAGGGGGCGACAUCUGGGUGGUGUCCCGUCCUCGGGCACAGCCCAGGAGGCAUGUGGAGCUGAAACCCAGCCAAGGCUCCACCCCAACAGGGUUGUGUUCACACAAAGUAAAGAGCUAUUUUAAUCUCCUCCUGUUUACACUGUUGGUGAUGGAGGCCUCCUGCCCUGUGAUUAUGUGGUUACGGGAAAGGCCUAACACGUAACACCUAACACUGUACAGGGGAGGUGGACUGCAGUUUAUUAAUCUCAUAUACUCACAGCCCAGGGAGGUGGACACUGCAUACCAAGCAGGGUCACAUGAGUUGCUCUCAGGAACAGAGAGAACCAGUAAAGGCAGCAGGAGGUGUGCUUUGUAGAAUUAGGAGAGUGAGGUGGGGACCCCUGGUUCCACAGGAGCAUGUGAUUGGCUUGAGUCACUCCACAGGUUGGCAGGGAACUGACUCCUACUGCUCAGGGAUGACAGGACCUGUGCUGUCCCUUGAUGAGAAGUGUUCUUGCCUGGGGGGCCUUACCCUCAGGAGCAGAGUGGAGAGGGGGACCUAUGGUUAGGCCACUAGACACCCUCUUGGUUUCACCAGAUGUCAAGGCAACACAGAAUAUUGGGCCUUAGUUUUAGGCCUUAUGCUGCAAGGCAUCCUUUUUGUUUGUCUGUCUCCUGGGGUCACCUUUUCCCAAUUCAUGCAGACCCUCCCUUUUUGAGCAGCAGCCCAGGGCGUUAAAACGAUGACAUCACUGAGGUGGAUCACCUAAUUUAGAGGUGAGGAAACUAAAGCCCAGUGGGUGGAGUGACAUGAUCAGUCACAUAGUUGAACGCUGGCCUGACUCCCAGUCCGGGGCUCUUUCCAGCACACCAGGCUCCUUGUGCUUACCUGCACCCCUCCAUGCUCUGAUAUCUGCAGCUCCGUCACAAAGCUGUACCUUUCCCCAGAGAUCUAAACCCUUUAGACAACAGCCCACUCUCCUUGGAUGACUCAGAGAUACCUCAAGCCCCAGGUUCUCCAUCCCAGGCAUACCAAUUUCCCUCUCUCACAUCUGAUGCACACCAGACCAAUCAAGCACAAUUCCAGUUAAAUUCCCAGUCUGCUUAAUGGUGACUCAUGAUAAAGAUCAUACUUCCCCUGCCAACAGGCCCUGUGGGGCCCCAGCCUUACUUCACAUGUAAUAAAUUUAAAAGGAUUCAAAUCACACAAA